AUGCCCACUAACAAGGAAAACAUUAAACAUAAUUCAUCAUUCUCAAGUAUGAAGUUGUUUGGACGUAAAUCACGAAGUUCUAAAGAUUCUAAACCUGAUUCAAAGCCAGUCUCACCUCAAAAAACCUCAUCUACUGACCAUUCUCGGAAAAGCCCACCACCUAACGAAGCUUCAAGUCAUCAUUUAUCAUCACAUAUCUUUAAGAAAAAUCCUUCAACUACAAAUUUAAGAGCUCCAGUUCCUGUUAACUCUUCAAGUUCUUUAAGCAAUUUAGUUUCUCAUAAUGUCAACCCAUUUAGUGCUGCAGCAAACGAUAUAUUAGGCUGUGGUACUGCAAUUGCAUCACCAAGAGAAGGUAGAGGUCACGGUCAUAAUGUCGAUAGAAGUGACCAUCCUUUGAAAUCUAGACAUUUGCAUAAUGAAAACAUUGUUUACAACCCGUAUGGUAUCAAUAAUACUGUAGGCACUGGGCCUGGAACUGAUCAUGACGGUAACACUUCUCAUGAUAUUGGCUUCUAUAUGCAUGAUGGUUCUGAUAAUGUUAAAUUGUUACCGUUGCCAAUUGCUGAUCCUAAUUCCUUCUUACCAGAUGAAAUAAAGCAAUUCAGUGUUCAAUUGACUGAUAAUUUCAUGUUUGAUUCAGAAAAUAAAAGCAUAGGUUCAGGUGGUUCUAGUGAAGUUAAAAAGGUUAAAUCUUCAUAUAGACAGAAAGAUAUAUAUGCAUUGAAGAAAUUACGUAUGGUUCAUAAUGAAACUCCUGAAAAAUUUUACAAAAGAUGUUCUAAAGAAUUUAUCAUUGCUAAACAUGUUAGUAAGAAUGUUCAUAUUGCUAGCACUUAUUAUCUAUUGAAAAUCCCAACCACUACUUAUACUACAAGAGGUUGGGGGUUUAUUAUGGAAUUAUGUGUAUGUGAUCUGUUCUUCUUGAUUGAAAAGGUUGGUUGGAAAGAUGUUCCAUUGAACUAUAAGUUUUGUAUCUUCAAACAGAUAGCACAAGGUAUUAGAUACUUGCAUGAUAAUGGUAUAGUCCACCGUGAUAUCAAACCAGAAAAUGUUCUGGUGACCAAAGAUGGUGUCUUUAAAUUAACAGAUUUUGGUAUUUCAGAUUGGUAUCAUACCGAUCCUGAAGACCCAACCAGUCCUACUAAAAGAUGUGAAGGUAUUAUUGGAUCCACUCCAUACUCUCCUCCAGAAGUCAUGUUAUAUGAUGAUAGAAAACCACAUCCAAAGGAACUUCAAAAACCAUAUGAUCCGUUGUUAAUGGAUUGUUAUGCACUAGGUGUUGUUUUCUUUGCAUUGAUCAACGGUAGCUUACCAUUUUUUGAAUCUUAUACUAGCGAUCCAAAAUUCAGAGAAUUCGAGUUAUCCUAUUCUAACUUCAUCAACCAUCAAAAUAAACACUUUAGAGACAAGGGUAAUUAUAAACCAGGACCCGGUGGUGAAUACAAAUUAGCUAGAGCAUUCAAAAACACUGAAGCUACACGUGUAGCCUGGAGAUUGGUUGAUCCAGUUGCAGAGACGCGUUACACUAUAGAUGAUUUAUUUAAUGACCCGUGGUUCCAAGGCAUCGAAACAUGCAUCGAUCCUUAUGACGAUGAAUAUAAUGAUAAACUUAAAAUGAGAGUACCCGAACUAAGAAGAACAUCUUCAGAAGCCAACUUGACACCUAUGCAUUCUAAUCAAACUAUUGGGGACUACAGUGAUGCUAGCAGCAUCAACACCGAGGUAUCAAUAUCCGACUCUAUCGUGCAAAAUGGACAUAGUCUAAGAAAGCCAAGGUCUAUGGUUGAAAUAGCACAGUCACCCCAUAUACCGAAAAAUAAGACAAGUAACAAAUCACCAGCAUUGAAUUCAAUUACCGAACAAGAAUGUCAACACCACAUCGACGAUAUUGUACACCAUAAUAUAAAAUUCACAGUAAACAAUAACAAUGACAAUGACGAUGAAGAAGAAGAAGACGGCGACGAUGAACGUGAAGAGGAAGAAAAGAACAAAACACUAGAUGAGAUUCUAGAUGACUCCAAAUCCAUCGAAUCUGGAGUAAGAAGCAUCAGAAUAAGCGAGAGUCCAGUACCUGAAUCUAUCUCAUCCUCUGCAUCUUCCAUUACCUCUUCAAAGUCCAAGAAAAAACAUAUCAUCCAUCACCAUCUAGACAUAACAAACAGCCUUAAACAAUCGUCAUUACCAAUCCAUUAA